CGCCGCCAGCGCCUGGGGCCGUGUCCCGCGCAUUUGAAAAUUCCCGCGGAGGUUCGCUGCGGCUCUCGCGAGAACUCCUCCCGCCCCCCCAUCCCGUCCCGCCCCCCGCGCGGCGGGUGAGCGAGCGAGUGAAGAAUGCGAGACCUAACGGCUCAGGUAACGAGCAGUCUGCUGCAGUUUCCAGAGGUGACUGUUGAGGCACUUGGGGAAGAUGAGAUCACCCUAGACUCUGUGCUGUGUGGGAAGUUUUCUGGAGGCAGAAGUGGCCUGGCGUGGCUGGCGUGUGGUCCCCAGCUGGAGGUGGUGAACUCAGUGACAGGAGAGCGUCUCUCUGCGUAUCGCUUCAGCGGAGUGAACGAGCAGCCUCCCACUGUUCGUGUGGUGAAGGAGUUUUCUUGGCAGAAGAGGACUGGGCUCCUGGUUGGCUUGGAGGAAGCAGAGGGAAGUGUUCUCUGUCUGUACGACCUUGGGAUCUCAAGAGUGGUUAAAGCAGUUGUUCUUCCAGGAAGGGUGACGGCCAUCGAACCCAUCAGCAACGACGGCGGAGCCAGCGUGAGCACCCGGCACCUGCAUCAGAGUCUGCGAUGGCUCUUUGGAGUGGCAGCAGUGGCCACAGACGUUGGCCAUGUCCUUCUGGUUGACCUUUGUUUGGAUGAUUUGUCUUGCAGUCAGAAUGAAGUAGAAGCGUCAGAUCUCGAAGUUGUCACUAGAAUUCCUGCUGAAGUUCCACAAAGAAGAGAAGCUGUGACCAGAGAAGGGAGGCAUCUCUGUUUUCAAUUACGAAGUCCUUCAGGAACAGCAGUAUCAACCCUGUGCUACAUAAGCAGAAGCAACCAGCUCGUUGUGGGUUUUUCUGAUGGCUACUUGUCACUAUGGAACAUGAAAACUUUGAAGAGGGAGCACCACUCCCAGCUUGAAGGAGGAAGGAUUCCUGUCUAUGCAGUUACUUUUCAAGAGCCUGAGAAUGAUCCCCGCAAUUGUUGCUAUUUGUGGGCUGUUCAGUCUACACAACAAAGUGAAGGUGAUGUUGUGAGUUUACAUCUGUUGCAGUUAGCAUUUGGUGACAGAAAACGCCUGGCAUCAGGACAAGUCAUGUACGAGGGUUUGGAAUACUGUGAUGAAAGGUACAAUUUAGAUCUCACUGGUGGAAUCUUUCCCAUGAGAGGGCAGACCAGCAAUACUAAAUUACUCAGCUGUCAAACCAUAGAAAAAUUUCGCAACCAUGCUGACAGAGAGGAUAGCGUUAAUGAAGUAAUCUCUCCUGACACCAGUGUAUCAAUCUUCAGUUGGCAAGUGAAUACCUAUGGUCAGGGAAAGCCAUCUACUUAUUUGGGUGUGUUUGACAUCAAUCGCUGGUAUCAUGCUCAAAUGCCAGACUCACUGAGGCCAGAAGAAUUCCUUCAUGAUUGCCCCUAUUUUGCACUGUGGUCACUGGAUCCUGUAAUAAGCAUGACUUCUCCAAACCUCAUUUUGGAUAUUCUGGUACACGAGCGUAGUCUAAGUCGGGGGGUUCCUCCUUCUUAUCCACCGCCUGAACAGUUUUUUAAUCCAAGCACCUAUAAUUUUGAUGUGACAUGCUUGCUCAACUCGGGAAUUGUUCACAUGACUUGCACCGGCUUCCAGAAGGAGACCCUGAAGUUUUUGAAGAAAUCUGGUCCUUUAAUAAGUGAAGCCAUUCAUGACAGCUACACUCGGUGUCUUGUAGCUGGCUUGCUGUCUCCAAGACUGGUUGAUGUCCAGCCAUCCAGUCUGAGUCAGUCUUGCUUUACACGUUUCCUUUGUCAGAAUGAUCGUGAUCCUCGCUUGAGAGAGAGAGCAGUUGCCAGAAAUUCUCUGUUAGACCAAUAUGGCAAGAUCCUUCCCACAGUUCAAAGGAAGCUGGCAGUAGAGCGAGCCAAGCCGUACCGUUUGCCUUCGUCGGUCUUAAGAGAAGUCCCAAGGCCAAAGCCUUUAUCCACAGCAACAAGGCAAACUAAUGCAGGAAAUGUACAUACAAGAGCAACUUUCAUCAGUAAAGUGUUGUCCAAAAUUGGCGAAGUAUGGUUAGGAAAUGAGCAGAAAACAAAUAUCUCACUAUGUGAUAGUCCUAGAGCUACAGAGCCAGCAGUCAGUACUCAUCCUCUCCCUGCUGCUGAGUUGCCUGAUGCAUUUCUUGGGACACCUAUUACUAAACUUUCUCAAAAGUGUUCAAGGUUGCUGGAUUUGGUGGUUCGUCCUGUUCCUUCCCGCGCUGAGGCACAGGAGGGGAACUGGCAGUCUCCGUGCAGGGCUUCUACUUCUUCUGUGACAUCCAGCCCCCUGAGAUCAAAUACACAUCGCUCCAGCUCCCAAAAGAAUCUGCGAAGGGCAUCAGAGUUGAAUUUACUGGAAACUCCUCUUGUGGUCAAGAGAGCUAAAGUUUUGGCCACAUCUUCUGGUUUUCCUGGGUUUACUCCUCAGUCUAUUCUCAGGUCCAGCCUUCGCACUACACCCCUAGCAACUCCCUCUGCAUCCCCAGGACGAUCAGUUACUCCUCCUCUACGAGCAAAGGAACCUAGAAUAUCUUUCAGGGAAGAGAGCUCACAUGCUAAGUGGACUGUCGGGGUGACAGAAGAUGAUAAAGCACUAUUUGGAGCUUCAUCUGAGCAUCAUCAUGGUUUGGUGGAGGAUGCUUGGUCUGAAAGUAGAACUAAACCAGCUCUGUUUAAUCUGAGCAAUCCUGGGUAUGAUCAUGCUGAAUUACAGGAGUCUUUAGAAAGCAUGCCUGGAGAUGAUAUGGAGAAGGUGGAUGUCAGCAAGGAAAAUAGUAAUUUCUCUGUCAGAUCAGACCAGACUACUUUGGAGUAUCAUGAUGCAAAAUCACCUGGUGAUUUUGAGGAUGAUGUCAUCUUUAUAGCUGCUAAACCAGCUAAUUCUUCCACUGAAGAAACUGUUGAUGUUCAAGAAAUGGAGAAAGAAGAAGAAAGUGAAAUGGUUGAAGAUAAACCUUUCCAAAUGAAACAACUAGAUCCUUCAGGACGAAGAAAAGAAGCAGGAUUUGUGGAAGAAUCAAAUGCUGAAUGUCAUACCCCUCCUGAGCAUAAGUUGGUUUUUAAAGCUGCUGAGGCUGCAACUUCUGGUGCUGGAAAUGAAGGUGAAACAACCUACCAGAAGUCUGAAGUGACUUCUUCAUCAGAAGAAAAAGGUAUACUGAUUGCAACAAACCCACAACUCGCUGAUUCGCCGGAGGCAGACAGUGAAUCUGUGAUAAGUAUCCUUGACAGUGAGGAGAUGGUCAGUACUCCAUCUGAAAAUCGCCUUGAGGGCAAGUGUGUGGAUUUACCUGAAGAACGUAACCCUGAAGCAGCUGAAGUUGAAGAAGUCCCUGUUUCUAACAGUCCACCAAAAACUGAGGAAAUUAAUGUUAUAGAAGAUACCCCAGAACCAGCACCUGAAACAUCACCAUAUAGUGAGCUAGAUCCAUCAAGUGAUCUUCAUUAUAGCUAUGAAAAUAUAGAGCAACAGUUUGCGUGUGAUUUGCGUGAUAACAAAGACAGUGAAUGUGAUGCAGCUGAGGGAGAUGGAGACCUUUUUCUAUCUCAGAGUAAUUUUACCUUAGUUUUGGAAGGAGAAGAAGGGGAAGCAGAGAUGGGAGACCCUACAUCAGUAGAAGCUUCUAAACCAGAUGACGCAACAAGAGAAGAAAAGCCUGUGACUAAUUUAGGAAAUACUGAAAGCCAGGAACAUGUUACAAACUCAGUGUCCACUGUAACUGGUGAUCAGGAACCUCAAAAUAUUGCAGAGUCACUCCCAUAUGUGCCUGAACCUAUUAAGGUUGCCAUUGCUGAGAACUUACUGGAUGUAAUCAAAGACACGAGAAGUAAAGAAUUUACAUCUGAAGUUGUAGAACAAUCUAUUCAUGAAACCAUAGGUAGAAAGGUAACUAGGUUCCAGAAGGCAAAAACUCCCUUAACGCCUGUGCUAGAAGCAGAGGGAGAGGAAACCAGCAGACAUCAUUAUGGUAUUGCUCCUAGAACACGCACAAGGGGACAGCUGAAUAGAAGUCUGAAUGUUCUGUCAGCAGGCACUCAGCAGCUCCUGAAGACAGACAGCCCAGCUCUGCUUGGACUGUCUCCUCGGAGAAGUACCAGGCGAACAAAAGAAGCAUCUGAGACUCUCAGACUCCAAACAGAGGAAAAUGCUCAAGAGGAGCAAAUACCUGUGACGCCUGUUACUCCUAGGAGAGGUAGGAAACCUAAACUGUCCAAUUUAGAAAAAACAGAAAGCAGCCAUUCUGAUGGGCAAACAUUGUCUGACAGUACGGGGCCUGUUACUCCCAGAAGAGGAUUAAGGAGAGCAAAGGAAGCUGCAUCUGAACUCCAAGAAGAGGCUAAUGAGGAAACGCCUCUUGCUGAAGGCAGCAUUAUUGCUUCUUUCACUUCCAGAAGGACUAAAGGAGGAAAAAGUUUAGCUGGAAAUCCAGAAACUGGCAAGAUUGACACUGAUCAUAAAGUAAAAACAGCAGUCAGUCCUAGUAGAAGUGCAAGAAAACUGAAAAGCUUUAAUUUACAGUUUACUGAAGAUACUGUCAAGGAUCAACAGGUGCAGCUUAGUGACCAACUCCUUUUACCUGUGCAAAGUAAAAGAGGCAGAAGAAGAAAGAUUAGUUCAUCAGAAGUUUCAGAAAAUUCUGAUCUUGAUGUGUCUAAAUCAUCGCUUCCUCAAACAGAAUUUAAACUUCCUGUCACGCCUAGAAGAAGUGCUAGGAAGGCAGCACAGAACCUCUUGGCAGACCCAGAGUCUACCUCUUCUCAGGAAGACAUACAUUCAGGUGUGAAAGUAGAAGUCCUUGGUACUCCUAAGAGAAGAACUAGAAGAAUGCCACACGAGAAUCCAGAAAAAAUGGAUACUCAUGAGCAAACUCUUGCAGAGCCAAGUGAGGAGACAACCACACCCAGGACGACAGUAAGGACAGGGCGUCGGGGCAGGAAGAGGAGGUCAAUGUCUGAGGAGACCUCCCAAGGAUCUGGUGGCAGUCCUUUGCUGCUUGAAGACAUAAAUCCCUCAGGACGGGAUCAGACAUCAAGAGCUAAGACAGAUCGUGUUACAAGAACCAGAUCCCGAAGGACUGCCGUCUAUCAGAAAGAGUCUGUUGAGGAAAAUGAGGCUUUCCUUUUCUCUCCUCCUCUGACAAAGCUGACAAAGAAAUUUGAAGCUGGAAAAACAGACCAUCCUAUCCAGUUUAAGGACUUAGACCCAGAUUUGUCUUCUCAAUUUGUCUUUUCACCCCCUCUUUUGAGGUCAAGGAGAAAAAAUGUAUCUAGCAUUUCCCGAAUUGUGAAAGAAACAGAGCUUCCAGCUAAAGAGGAAGAGGAUAUCAAAUCCAUAGAGUCUGGGGGCAAGCAAAAAUUGAAGAGAGGUAGAACUCCAAAAUCAAAAAUGAAGAAAACAAGCAAAACCACAAAAGAAGGUUCUUGGUCACCUCCACCAGUCGAAAUAAAAUUCAUCUCUCCUUUUGGAAGUCCAGUGGAUGGAACAAAAACCAAACAGAAAGAAACUACAGAUGCAGCAGGGAAGACCCUAAGAAAGAACAAAAAAAGACUGUCUAAUUUUCCAAAGCCAGUUGUGCGCCGGAAGAUGCUGUAACUGUUUUUUUAAGUUUAUAAUGUACACCACUGUUUGUAAAGUCAUCAAAAUUGUGUGAAUUAGUAAAAAGAAGAAAAAUCAUCUAAUUUGGAAGAGAUAAUUUAUAUAAAUUAUUGUAAAAUUUCAUAAAAAAAUGGUCUUCAGUAAGUAACUCCAUAUGGAGUGUGAUUUCCUCAGUCAAUGCAGUUUUCUAUUUUAUAUUAAGACUUCAUACAUUUAUAUAAUAUGUAAAUACAGCUUAUUUUAGGAAUGUUAAAUAAAAUGUAUACUUCACAAUGUGCUUACUGUCUGAUAGCUUUUUGAGGGAAUACUGGGUUGAACGACCUGUAUUGCUCAGAACUUUUAAUGUUGGUUUGUGGGAGUUACAGACUCUCAAAAGUGAUUCCAAAAUCUUUUUAAAGGUUUGUUUAGAAUUCCUAUAACAAGUAAACAUUUUAAACAUACUAGUUUUAAUUUUAAAAUUAUGUUUGACCUUCUGGCACAAGUAAUUGGACUUACAAUACAAACUGGUAAUUCCUUAUGUUCAUGGUUAAGUUGUACUGUAUUGAAGUCAGAAUGUAAACAAUUGUGUUUUAAGCUGUGCAAUAUUUUUUUUUGUAAUUGUCUUAAACUUUGGGAAAGCUGCUCUUUAGUUCAUAAAACCAGAUCACACCUCAGAUGUGUCAUUACUUCUUAAAAUUUGUUGUUAGCAAAAAGUUAACUGUACAGAUGGUGUGAUGCUUACAAUAGCAUAUCAGAUUUAAAGGGAUACUACCCAGAUACUUUGAAAUUUGAGACAAAAUUAUUUUCGUAAUACAACUGCUUCUAUAAUUGAAAUACUUGUUGUCUGUAAACAUGCUUCACAGUAUUUGAAACCUGCAUAUUACAGCACUGAAAACCUGAUGGUAAAACCUAUAUAAUAGUCUGAAAAAGGUACAAAAAUGUACAGAAAUCUCAGUUACAAACCAUAUUUUUGAAUAAUUAUUUCAUUAACAGUCUUGGGUUAAGGAGUAUAUGUCCCUAUAAAGUUUCAAUUUGUAUAAUAAAGUGACAAACCUAUUCUUUUAAAAGCAGACAUGGAAGUACUAUUUUGAUGUGCAGUCUUUUAGACAAUGGAUUAUUUUUCUGUAUGUUAAUUUAUAUAUGGAUGCAACUUUGAAGACUACAGAAUGGUGGAACCUGAUAUUAAACUUUUCAAUUAGUAAAAACUACAGUUAUUUUAAGACAUAAAUUAUUUAUUAGCUAAUAGCUUGUACAUAGUGAAUGAAUGUAUUAAUAACAAACUGAGCUUGUGUAAGAAUAUUGUUCUGGGGCCAUGAUUUUUCUGUCUCAGAACUGAUCAUUAUAGAGAAGCAAUUGCAUGCAUUUGAAUAUUCAUUUUUCUCCUUGGGAAAGUUCAUGACUGAAUGAAAGCUUGAAAAAAAAAAAAAAAGUCAAAUGUUUAAAAUGUGAAAGUGGCAGUAAAUUGAGACCUGUGAGUCAGUUAGUAAUUAUUUUCUCUCUGUAUUUUGUAUUUGAAUAACUAUAAAUAUGGUCCAAAAGGAGAGGGGAGGGAAGUUUAGCAAUAUUUUUUUAUAUUCACAUUGCACAGACGUAUAGCACAGUGAAUAGCUCAGAAAAUGGGGUAGAAGGUCAAUUUUUCAAAAUUGGAAUAGAGUACAGAUGGAAAACCUUUUUUGUAGUGUGCAAGAGUAUUUGAAAAAUACUGUGAAAUGGAAUUGACUGAUGGAAUGCUAGUGAAGAUUGCUUAAUAGGGUUUUAACAGAUUUCUGUAAUUUAUACUUAUAUAUAUGUAUAUUUUUUGGUAUGAAAACUAGAACAGAUGAAAAUUUAGUAUUGGCUGAUUUUUAUUAGUUUUUGGCAUCUAUUUUAUUUAUACCUCAGCUAAAAUAUCCUCAUUUGUCUGUGCUUAGGAAUAAAGCAAGCAAUAGCAAAAGACAAUUAGAUUUAAUAACUUCCUAAAGGUUUGCAAUUUUCCAGUGACUUUUAACUUUAAAAGAGUUUUAAUUAUGUGUUGAAACCUUUUACUCUUUUUUUUAUAACUUGGAUUCAGUGCAUACUUCUCCAGUGCUGACCAGUGGCCCCGAGGAGCAGUUUAAAAAGGAGCAUGAGCAUAAUGUGUAACAAGGAGUGGGAGCUGAGAAAUUUGAAGAAUGUAGAAGGAAAUGGAAGCAAAACCAGAUAUUGUGACUGUUUAGAGCCUGAGAAAAGGAAUAUGCUGGGGAAUGGUGUUAAGGCACCAGCUCAAGGAUGGGUUUAUAAUGGAGGGAAGAAAAGACUUUGUGUUUGCCACACGUGUGAAAGAUGAGUGGAAAAGAUUUGUAGAUGUUUGCACAUAGAUCUGAGAGGGACAGAAUAGUAGUAGUAGUGCCAGAGAAGGGCAGGAGGGGCCUGUGAGAGGUGGGAUGCAUCAUGGUGGUAGAUAAACAGCUGUGGGGGCAUAGAGCUGUGAUUUUCUUGCAAACAAAGUGGAAAUUUCAGAGGAGCUACAGCUCAUUGCUAAAUAGAAUGUUCUGAAGUUUUUCUAUAGGAAAGUAAUUGUUUGAAGGGUGUUAUAUCCCCUAAUGAAGUGCUGGAUGGCUAAAAGCUGAAGCCAGAUUAUGCAUCAGUACCUUUGGGGUGUAACCCCAGAGAAAACUCCACUGGAAGGUUGACCACCUUGGGACAGCAGAAUCCUAGAUUUCAGGAAGAAUAAAAUGGGGUGCAAUGGCAGAUUUUAUUUCCAGGAAGCACCUGGAAAGAGGAGAUAUUAGUGAUGGAAGUACAAAUGACAUUAAGGGCUGUUGUUCGAAGAAUUUUGUAAAGAAAAUAAGUGUUACAGUGGAAAUGGUUCUCUUGAGUUACCUCAAAAACUUUUUCUUCUUUAAAUAUUUAUAAGCUAAGGCUGAUGAAAGUAUUCAUUCCAGGUUGUAAUACAAAGGAGAAUUAAAUCUAUUUUACUUUCAAUAGCCACUCAGUGCUUGAAGUGCUAAUUGAUUCAUGUUGACUUUAUUUGCCUUAAUAUUUGUACAUGUCCAGUGUGCAAGUAAGGGCACAGAUAACUAUUUAAUCCCCCAUCAGAACUUCCUCUCAUGGAAGACUACUCUCAGGGUUGUCAGUGCAAUAAAUUUGUUUGCUGCAAUUUCAUUACUUCCCAUGUAACUAAUAUAUAGCAAAGUUGUUGAUUUCUGGUGGGGGAAGAAAAAAAAGCUAUGGGCAGAAAACAAUCUACAGGUUCUUAUGAGUAGUUAGGCAGUGCUUGCAAACCAGUUAGUCUAAGCCAAUCUGAUAAUACUUAAAUAAUAGAAUUUUAGGUGAUAGGACAGUUUGUUUCUUUUGUUCAUACUUCUUUCUGUGCAGACUUCUGGGUUUCUGUUCCAGGAAUGUUUUUUUUCACCAAAGUAGUCAAGAUGA